AUGCUGGGUGAGUCUGGCUCCGUGGAUCGUGAUCUGGUGCAGCCUGAAGCAGGCGCCCGCAGCAAGAUGGACGGACAGUCGGUCACACAGCAACGACAACGACAACAGCAGCAGCAGCAGCAGCAGCAGCAGCAGCAGCAGCAGCCAUCGCUACAACAGCUGGGCAUCGCGUUGAGGAGCCCUGAGCGACCGGUGUGA